GCGUGGGAUACCGGGGCGGGCAGGAGAGCGACUGGGUGUCUCGUCUAGGAGAGGACCUCGUGGCCUUCAACAUGGGAGACGAAAAGGAAGGGAGUACAUGGAUAGAGAGCGCCAAGGACCCGGAGGUGUGGUACAACAAGGUCGAGGACGGGGCGGCAUGUCUCAUGAGGAAAUGGCACAGGCAGGAGGCGGAAGCCUCCUCGACNAGAGAGCGCCAAGGACCCGGAGGUGUGGGGGAGCGCCGUUUCUACCUGGCAGCGGUUGUCGACGACCUCUUUCUCUCCACCCCGGAGUUCGAGUACGACGGGGUCUUGAACGAGGCCGCGCUCUCCCAGCGGUGCACGGGGGAGGACCUGAGCAACCUGCUCAGCGUGCAGCAAGCCCUCAACACCCAGUACUCGGGGUCGGACAUCAUAACCGAGUUCGCCUUCAACGGCGGCGGGAUUGCGGAGCAUGUGUCACAAGCGGUCGAAAACAUCACGUACGUGCCCGAGUACGAGGAGACCAUGGUGACCACGAAAGGCACCCGGUGGUACGAAGACGGUGAGUUGAUUGAUUUUGUAUUGUUUCUUGAAGGUCGCUCUCUGGACCCAUCAAAGACCUCUACAGGUCAGAUCAACGUGCACGACACCAACUGGCUCGCCACCAACGUCCCCCUCAUGCAGCAAGACAUGGCCGACGGCACCUGGGAGGCCAACGACGAGCUUCUCGCGGCGGUGAUCAGCUACCUCGGCACGUCUUCCACGUUCUUCCACGGCCACCACACCCUCAUCCACCUGUCCCGCGACCAGCUGCGCGAGACGGACUGCGUCACGGAGGACACGGGUAACGUGCAGAUCGCUCUCAUGACCGGCAUGUGGGAUAGCGACAACUAUAACUGGCGCUCCAUGGUAUCGCCCGGCAUCACGGGUCUCUUCAACGAGAACUGCCUUGACUCGGCGGCGCAGAACCUCAUGGUAUGCUACCCUGGCGACAACACCUACGAUGGAACCGUGUCCGGCGCUACGCUCCUGGUCAACGAAGACAACCAGUUCCACUCGAUCUACUCGACGGUUGCCGACAACGGCUACGAUGGCAUCCAGAUCGUGCCCAGAUUCGCGACCUACGUUUACUUCAACUGCGUCACCGGCUCCUGCCUCGUGAACGAGAACGAGUACAUAAGGCGCUUCGUCUGCGGGUGCACCCCGCUCGACCCAAGCAUCGCCGACUACGUGAACGAAUGCGUCGACGACGACGACGCCACCGACAUCCAGUCCUUCGGUGACAUCGACGCGCUCUUCGACGCCGAGGCCUCCACCACCACGCGCUACAUGCUGACUGGCCGCAGGGACAAAUACAUGUUCCACCAAGCCAACAUCAUCCCGGCGGGGGACGUCGGCGACGGAACACAGUCCCUGCUCGACUACUGGUACGAGCGAGUCUUGGAGGUGUUCGCCAGCUACGUCACCUUCCCGGUCAAGAGCAUCAAGUUCGACGACCUGUGCACCGAGUUUACUCUCCACGAAGCUCUGGACGACUCGAGCCCGUACGUCACCAUGGCCCUCGACGCUACCGGGGCUGUUACCGGCUUAACGUACGUCUCGGGCAGCGGGGCCGGGCUCGUGCCACUUACCGUCCCAACCGCUUCCGCCGCCUCGAUCCCGACGACUGACCUUUCCAUCCAAGACACAGAGACUUACGGCACCGACACCACCUACUACCUCAAGGACGACGACGCCUCCACUGUCCCCAGGGUGGGCACCAAGCCUGAUGCCAGUGAGCUUGCCGAAGUCCCGUCGAUCGUUGUCGAGACCGAUGCCGGCGCCACGCUGAGCCCGGCGGAAAUCGUGGAGAACGCCGAGGAGUUGGCGGAGAACCAGGAGACGAACGCCCUCGUGCCCGCAGAGAACGGCGGUCUCUUGGCCGACCAGGGCCUGGUCGACGCGGACGGCCUGGUCGACGCGGACGUCGCCGCAGGCGAAGCGAUCGACGCUGCGGAGGAAGAAGGCCUCCUCUAGUUGUGUUUCAGAAGGCCGAGGAGGUGCUGCCACCACCUUUGCGCUUUGUUUCUGGAGCGUACGGGAAGAAUGCCGCGUUCUCCCAGGUUUUGGUGCUCUGGUUUUUGGUCCGUGUGUGUAUUCCAAUUGCAUUUUUCAUCUUGAGUAAAGUCUUCGUGAGUAGAAGUCUGCUCUAUGCCAACUGAAGAGAACACGUACGUGCACGUCUCCCGCUGUGCUAGGAAGAACGUUUGUCUCCUCCGCAUGCACUCGUAGACUAGAACACGUGUACCUCUUGUGUGGGUUCCCUUUGAGCGUGAUGGAGCCACUGGGUUAUUUCAAAGGCAACUGAAGGCUGCGAAAGAAUAUGCAUAUGCUGUUGGUAUUUUGUUCGAAGGAAACAAUAGGCUCUAUCUGCUACUCGGUUUCCAGAAGACGAAAGGAAGUCCGUCUUGGUGGCGUGAUCUCCGCUAGAUGUGUGUUCCGCCAAUCACUGGGUGUUUCUAUUCCGAAGCACACCAACUAGGAUUGCGAGGAUUGGGCGUAGUGUUUUAUCCUUUUCCGGCACGCGAAGCCGUUCAUGAAGGGCAUGCAUUUGUCUGCCCGAGAACCCACACUCACAUCUCGAGGCCAGAUAUGAUUUUGGUUGAAUACAUCCAACUGGUUUGGCUUGGAGACAUAAUCAAUCGUCCGCUGACCUUCCGUGUGUGGGUCAAGUUUCGGAGGAUCUUGGAGCUGGAUUUGUUCGAUCCGAUGGUGGUGUGUAGGUGCAGUGCGCGUGAUAGUAUGUAUCGGUGACCAUGUUGUUUGAUUUGGCGUCGCGAACGCACAUGGAUGUGUGGGUGUGUCCUUGUUGAGAGCGAUUAGGGUUCGAUAGUGAUGUAUACAUAUGUAAGGGUAGUUUGUACGUUGUGUCCUUGGGUAUGCCAUGUGUUCGUUGUUUCCGUCUCGUUUCGUGUCUCGCUCGGCCUGCCUUCCGCAUGACAACUCGAGCGUUCUUGCAGUGCCUUUCUCAAAUUGAAGAACAAGUUCCGUCCGUGAGCGCUUCGAUGUCGAGCGGGCUCAACUCAAAAACACGUCCACUGAAUACUCUAGUAGAGGUAUUGUCAAGAGGUGGCUGCCCACCAUAGUUUAGCACCGGGGCUAUGGCCGCGGGCGAUUCUUUCUCACGCCGGCCCAGAUACGUUCUAUUUGGCAGAGGUCAUCAACCCUCCGCGCCAGGGUAACGGCAGUUAGGUAAAGGGGUAGGAUUAGGUCUGUCUUUCGGUUUUGUGGAGUUUUGGAAGUGAACGUAUUCUUGUGCUGAGGAGGGUCCAUGAGUGUUGUAAGUGUUCGGGCUCGAUGUCCCACUGGAGCUGCGGAAAUGAAUGGAAUCAAACAGUCCGCGAUUUCGUUGUCUUACCUCGCACGGCAAGGGUGGUCGUUACGCGACAUUAUGUAGGUAGUUUGAUGAUCAAUAUUUCUUUUCUGGAUGCCCGUGUCUGCUUGAUUGUUUACGAGUCGCCCGGUGUGGUUCGCUUGAUUACCUUGGAACAUAACGUCAAUAGCGUAUUUCUUGACUUGAUUGUCGGCCACGUCAGAUGUUCUUAUCUCCCCUGACUCAGCAUAUCAUCUAACGCCCAACCGCGGUCGUCUCGUUGGCUAUCGUGUGUAAUCGUUGUCAAACACCUGACUCAGGCUUGCGGAUCAGAAGUUCUUUGAAGCGAUAAACUCGCAAAGCGGAUAGCGCUAUUUUGUCCUCUCGAGUACACGCAGCAAAGGCAGCAGGAAUCGGUUGCAGA